UCAUAGAAAAUAAUAUUUCCCUUUUAAACAUCAUGAUUUAAUUAAUGUAACGAGUCAAUUAAUUCUAAUCUGUAUCUGAUGACAUGAACAUUAAGAUGUAUCAACUGUCGUACAAAAUAUAACCUAUAGUAGUUUGUUUAUUGAUUACUUAUUUUACAUUACUAAUAUUUAACAGUGAAACAAAAAACAUGAAUAAAAAAAUUAUUACUGCACUUUAUUUAAUACUGAACAUUUUCUUUUCCGUUGUAAUUGUAUUAUUAAAUAAAUGGCUUUACAUUCAUAUUGGAUUUCCAAAUAUUACAUUAUCUAUGAUACAUUUUAUUAUUACUUUUAUUGGAUUAAUAAUCUGUGAAAAAUUUGAUAUUUUCUGUAUAAAAGAUAUUGCAAUCAAAGAAAUAUUUUUGAUUGCUGCAACAUUUUGUGGAUUUGUUGUAUUGACUAAUUUAAGCUUAGCAUACAAUACUGUUGGAACUUAUCAAGUAGCUAAAAUGUUAACAACUCCUUGCGUAAUAAUAAUGCAAAUAAUAUUUCACAAAAAGCAAUUUAGUAUAUUUGUAAAGUUAACCCUCAUUCUUAUCAUAACAGGAGUAGUAAUUAAUUUUUAUUACGAUAUUCAAUUUAAUAUUAGUGGAACAAUAUAUGCAACAUUGGGAGUAUUUUUAACAUCUUUAUAUCAAGUGGUAAUGAGUAUAAAGCAAAGAGAAUUUCAGAUGGACCCAAUGCAACUAUUAUAUUAUCAAGCACCUUUAUCCGCUGUUAUGUUACUUUUUAUUGUGCCAUUUUUAGAACCUGUGGAACAGACAUUGACAACAAGUUGGUCAUUAAUAGAUUUAAUCCUAGUUAUAUUGUCAGGAAUAAUAGCAUUCUUUGUCAACUUAACAUCCUACUGGAUAAUAGGAAAAACAUCUCCAUUAACUUAUAACAUGGCAGGACAUUUUAAACUUUGCCUAUUGCUUUUAGGUGGAUCAUUAUUUUUUCAUGAAACACUAGCUAUAAAUCAAGUAAUUGGUAUAACUUUGACAUUGAUUGGAAUUAUUUUGUAUGCACAUGUUAAAAUAUAAAAUACAUAGACAGUAAAAUAUGAAGAAGAGAAAU